AUGCCCGGUCUAUCCCUCGACAGCCCGCUCUCGCUGUACUCCAUCCCGGCGAUGUGGGCCACCGCGUUCGCCCCCGUUGUGUUGCGGACGAUGACGAUCAUGAAGACGAAGGGGUACAACAACCUCGCGCCACGCGGCAAUACCGCUCAGGUCGCUAACGACAAGGCCGUGCCCCCAGCCGUGGCUGCACGCAUACAGCGACUGGAAGGCGCGCAUUACAAUGGCAUGGAGAACUUCCCGCUAUGGGCAAGUGCAGUGCUUGCUGCCAACUACGCCGGCCUGGACAACCGCAAGGUCAACACCAUCUCCCUCGUAUAUAUACUCGGCCGCGUCCUCUACAACUACUUCUACAUCACCCAGCGAACGGUCACCCAGAGCAAUCUCCGCUCGGUUGUUUUCUUCGGGAUCCUGCCGCUCCCGGUGUAUCUUCUGAUCAGUGCUGCGUCCAAAGUAGCCAGCGGAUAG